AACACAGCAGAUUUGAAGAUUACAUGUUUGACGGGCUUGCACUGUCUGAUGCUUUCUUAGGCAACUACUAUUCUCAAAAAGCAAGUCAUGUGGCUAAGAAGCAAGACAUAGGAGAAAGUCUAAAGAUCUACGACUACGAGGGUCAGGAAUCAUACAAGGGCUCAUUUGAGGACAUCUGUGGUCUCUUACAUGAAGACAAUGACUUUGCUUUUCUUGAUGACCUUCAUAUAAAGUUCAAGACACUGGCUGAAAUCUGUAGUGGUUCUACAAUAAAGGCUGAAAUCAGCACGACCGUCCCUGUGACCUCCAAACCGGUCCUCUCCACCACACACAAAGAUGUCAACAUACAAGAGUCAGUUAGUCAUUUACAGUCUCAGGAGAAAGCAACCUCAUCCGCCAUCAUUCAUACCGCAGGAGCGCAGCAGACCAGCAGCAUGUCUUCAACAGGAGUCUAUGUCCAAGAUAAAGUAGUGGUUCCUAACCAAACCCUGUUAGUCCAGCAGCCUGCGAUGUACUACACCUCUGCCACCCCCGUUUAUGUGAUGGAAGCCCAGCCUACUCUGCUGGUGAUGCCCAGCCCAGUCCUAGGCCUUCAGGAGAACCUGUUAAUGGAGGAGAAGAAGGGCUCUGGUGCUUCUGCCAAACGUGAAACGCAGCACUACCAGAGUGUAGUUCUUGUUGAGAAGCAGCCACCAAAAGGGUCUUUGCAAACUCAAGGAGCGAUGCAGAUGGUUGACACUGAAAUAAUGCAGUCCAUGGAGGCUCAAGGGGUUAAACAGGCACUCCAUCCAUCCGCCCAGAUGGUUAACACUGAAAUAAUGCAGUCCACUGAGGUUCACAAGGUUAGACGGGAGGUCCAUCCAGCCAGAAGGGUGAUGGCAGGAGCGGCCAGAGAGACGGAAGUUUAUGCUUCGUUGGAUAUGAGGUUUCCUCAGAGUCUGUAAGCACUUGGGAUGCACCGAUACUACAUUUCUCAGCCGAAAACCGAUUAUUCAGAAUAACAUAUGCCGAUACCCAUACCCUGGUUUUCUUAAAGUCCAGGUGAACUGGAAGUUGCUGCCGACUUUACUUCAGUAUUGUGACAUUUCCAACUGAAACGGAAUAUUUAAUAGAGGGCGAGUUUUAUUUUAAUGCUCCUCCUCUCUGUCUUUUGCUCACAGCAAACUAAAGGGGUGGUUCCGAAUAUUCUUUGCCCAAUUGCUCACCUCAAGACCUUAAGCAAUGUCCGCUAACAAAGUAAACAGUGUACAUUUUAAUAAAAAAAAAAAAUCUCUCGCAGCUAAUGCUGUGCAUGGAACCCUCUCAUUUGGCACAUUGCUAUUAUAUAAGACGUUAAAAUUUACAACAAAGCCUGAACUGUUUUAUUCAACUGCUGUUUAUUUUCGGAUAUAGUCAAAUAAAAACUGAAAUGUUUGUAUAUGACUCAGUUGCACAUAAGGUAGAUUUCGUAAAAAAAAAAUUAAAAACUUGUCUUCAUGACAGAUUUAUUCCGACAUACAUACAUAAUUAACAAUAAAUAGGCUCCAUCUGUUUUUUUAUAGCUAUCUAACGAAUUGUGGUAAAUGCAGCGAGGCCCGUAGCCAGCUUUGAGGUCCGGGCCUCGGUAAAUUUUUCACGCUCAAAACUAAAAUUUGUUCUCUGAAUGACUAGUUUGCUAAUUAAAACUCCUCAUAUGAGUGUCUGCGUUUAUAAUUCAGUUUAAACAGUUUGCAAGAAUGUUUAGUGUCCGCGGUAUGAAAAUGAUCGCUGCAAGAUGCUGGCAGAGUGAACGAGUCUUCAGAGAAAAUUAUUUUCCACUUAAUUUGACACUUUAGAAAGUUAAUAAAGUGGGAAGUUUCAGUUUAGGG